GAAAAAGGACAAACGGCACGUAGACGGCAAAGAUCACGGUUCAGAAUUGCAUGUGCAGCAGUUCUGAGCGUGCGCCACUGCUGCGCGAAUCCUGUGGCCGCAGGAAGGCGGCGCGGAGCAGCACUGAGUAGGCACAGCAGACCCCUGCCGAUGGCGGCACAUGAGCAACGGCUGACGGUCUAUCGACCGGUGCUUUGGCGGGGGAUAAAGAGACAAGAAUGGUUUGGCGAUAAUACGGUUUGGUUUCCUGGUGCCGACGACCACCAUAUUUUCGGCUGCUUCUUCAGGACCGAGGGUUUCUACGGGAUCGACAUCUUGAGGAUAGAUCCGACGGGACCUGGUUUACAUUGGGCUCGGCGCGGCGCCACACCAACCGUAUCUUUCCCCUACGACGGGGCGCACGGCGACGGUGCGUCUUGCAUGAUUAACAUCGAGCGAUUCGCACCGAACCGUGCGUACUUUAAUCUCGAGCUCGAGGCGCUAGACGGCAGCGAAGAGCGCAUCACCGAGAUCAAGUUCGACGGGAAUCGGCUACGGUGCUACGGAGGUUGGGCCGUAGAGGAUUCCACCACGGUCGCGCCGACCGUUCGCGAGCGCACGUGGCUCAAGCUCGACGCGGUCCUCGAGGAUGGGCCGCCGCCACGACUACUGCUGCGCGUCGACGGCCAGCUCCUUUACGCGAUGCCGACCUGGCACAAAAAAGGCGACGAGGCCAAGAACUGCCAGUGGGUGAGCGAGCUCCUGCCGACGCGCUGCGACGUCCACGGCGACGACGAAACGGCGCAGGAGGCGUGCAGAAAAACGUGCGACACUUGCGAGUCGGAGCUGCCGCCGCCCCGGCGCUCGACCUUCGCGCCGACCGUCACGCCGUCGGAGGAGGAGGAGUGCCGGACCGAUAUCUGCCUAGAGCGGCAUGUUGUCCCACUGCUCGAAGGGCGUGCCGCCCGCGACGUAGCCCCGGUAGGGCGCGAC